CUUCACUUCCAGACUGCAGUCCUCCACACCCCCAGUCUCACACUCCCCCUCGAUCCCUCCAGAUCUCGACCCUGUCCCUCUUCCCCUCCUCUCUGACUCUCGAUUUUCAUCUCCCAUCACCCCAGACCUACAUAUCGUCCACCCCAACCUCCCCGCACUUCACGAACGUGAUGUUCAGGAUAUAAAUAGCAUGUCUCUCCUCAAACUUGCCGCGGAUCGCCUCGAGCCUGUAAUCAUCCUGUAAUACAAUUCACACCCAAUCUCCGGCUUGUCCCGUCGACAGGUGCUCAUUGGUGUUUUGAGUCUGGGAUCUAACUAUCCUAUCUUGCAUACAUACAUCUCUCAACCACACCCCCGCUCCUCUCCAUACUACCCGGCUCUCCUCUCCUAUCUCCAACAGCACUGCUCCGCCCUCCCCGGAGCUACAUAACUCUUUUGUAUACAUCCCUCCGAACCACAUAGUUUCCUUAUCUCAACCGUCUGUUUCAUCCCAACCUCCUCAACAUCCUCAAUGUUACUUAUCAUUCCCCCAAACAACUACUAAUCUCUGCCUGCUUACUCCUCAACCACAGACUAACUGAAUUCGCCCGACUCGAGAAAUCUCACAACCUCUCAACAAAUCAACCAAGCUGACUACGUAAUCCACUCACUCAUCCUCUCACUCCGACUCGUCCUGACAUCAUGGCCGCGGUCGCCCGUACUCCAUCCAUCAAUGUCUCUCCCCCAAGUAAUCCUGCUCCCCAAAGUACCACAUGCACUCUUGUCCCCCAGUAUCCGUACAAUGUCUCGAUGCCUUCAUUCGCCGGCGCGCUCUUGCCCUAUGAACGCUCUCCGAUGCCUGAUGAUAACGAUGUUCAAACUCGCCUGCCUUCUCGAUGUGUCGACUACCUCAGUCACAACUGGGACGAGAGCGACGUUUGGACAAGCUGGAAGGCUAUGACAAGACACAAGAACGAGAUGGCUAAUGGCGUCCGAUUAGAGAAUGCCAGUUGGCGAACAUGGGCCAAGCAACGCAGCAACCUCAAGACAAUCAGUCCGGAAACCCUGAAUUGGUUGAAGGACAGUGACGUCACUUGGCUCUACGGCCCUCUCCAUACAGCGGUGGACCCGGUGCCCCCUGCAAAAAUCUCAUCAAUUCAAGACCGCUUCAAUCUUGACGGUCAGCCUCAGUCAACACCUCCUUCCCAGCCCCCUUCAACUGCCAACUCUCGACCCGGUUCGUCUGCGUCCAUGCGGUCUUCCAAGGCACCCGGCAAGCCAAUUCUCAAGCAUCGUAGCCUUUCCGAGAUACUCGGGGUAGGCUUAUCUCGAAGUGGAGAGUCUGCUUCGGAAGAUGGAAGCGAAGAUGGCAAAGCUCGACCUGAUCAGCCCAAACGAGCCCGGGUAUCGAUUGCCCAUGCAUCUUCUGAUUCAACCCUGGUCAAGCUAGGCAAUGCCGGUGUUGCCCGAGGAUCCUCGCCCACCAUCAUCAAUGGCUACGAUAGCUCAGAUCUAGCGACAAGCGGUGACGAUAGCGACGUUGCCCGUCGGACUUCUGCCAUGCGUGGACAUUCCUCUCACGCUAGCAACGGCCCAGAUGAUGUCAAGCCCAAAAAACAUAUCAGCUUCUCACAUCGUGUCGAACAAUGCAUAGCUGUGGAUAGCGAGGAGGAGCGAGGCUCCUACGCCAACAAGAGCCAACUCCGCCCUCCCGGUCGAGCGGGCGAACCUGUGGUUGGAUCCAAUGUUUUGGAAGAUGAGGAUGAUGACGAUGACGAUGACGACGUGCUGACCUUUCGAUCAUCGGCUCCCCGCCAGGCAGGCCUUCAUGCAGUCUCACAACGGUAUACGUCACCCUCAGCAGUCGGUACCAUGCCUGAGCCAUAUGGUCCCUCUGCUGGACCUUCCCCUUCGCUUUCAGGCUCUUCCGCAAGCGAGCCUUUUACUAUUGCCCGUAUGGCACCUACCACCUUGAAGAGUAGUGAGGUCCUGCCGGCUCCGAGUCCUGUUGUUGUCUACGACCGGGAUCCCCCCUGUGCCGGUGUCAAUUCUCAAUCCUCGUAUGCCAGACCUACUUACACGGUUACAGCCACACCGUCUGCGUCGAUUGGGAUGGAUUAUGCCAUGCAAAAUUCCCUUCCCCAAGCUUCCACCAAUGUCACCCCGGUCUAUAGUCACCAAACUUCCUCCAGUUAUUCCUCCCGAACCUAUGGCCCUGUUGCUGUAUCCAAAGUCCUGACGUCUCCCACUACCUCACCAUCUGCCGAUCACCUAACGUCCAUGCCAAUCCAAUACGGUAGCUCGAGCUCAUUAAACCAUUGGAAUGUCACGACACCUGAUGAUGAAGAUACGGAAGAGUUCACCGCAAUGGGGUUUGAUUAUUUUUCUGGCCCGGACCUAGGCCUGGGAGAUGAGUACGAUAUGUCGAGGCUGCCGUCCCAACAUCUGGCCUCCUUCCAAGCUGGGUUAGACCCCAGUGAAAUCAAUGGGAAACCUGGCAAUAACGAAGACAGCACACUUCUUCGAUCAAUUCUCAAGACCCAUGUGGCUUCUCCGUCCUCAAGUUCGCCUGUUAGCAGUCCAGGAAAAUUUGGAGUACAGGACCCCAUCCUUGUUCCCCAAGUAAAGUCGAAUCACAAAACUUCCGCUGCCCAUUCCUCUUCCUCUCCAUCCCUUUCUUCCAGUCCCUUUUCACCCCGCAAUGAAUCCUCGUCCUCACUCGUCACCCUACCCAAUGAGAAUCACACGAACAACACGGACACGCCUCUACCCAACGAUCCUAACCGACAGUCGCGAGGUCGAUCCUCAUCCCGAGGCUCCUCCGCUUCAAGCUUCGAGCGCAGCUCUACCGACAAACGGCCCUCCUCUUACAGCCCAACACACAGUCCCCCUUUAAGUUCAACCGGUAGCUCGAUCAUUUUAGCCGGAUCGAACAGUAAUACAGUCGUCAGUAGUAACAGCCGGCCGUUCAAUCGUCCUGUCGGAGCAUACACCCGUCCCAGUAGCUAUGAUGGUGGUCGAUCAUAUAGCAAAUCAUCCCUGGUCCAUGUGCCGAUUGGAGAAGAAGAUGAAGGCGAUGAUUCUCACCCUCCGGCCAACACUUCACUAGUCCCUCUCGAGAAAGGAGUAAAUGACCUGACCCUCCGGCCCUCUCAACCCUUGACCUCCUCGCCAUCAACAAGUAAUAGUAGCGAAUCCACCCACAAGGCCAGCCCCUCUGCUUUGCCACUCCAUCAGAGCCCUUGCCUCAUUUCUGAACCUAAGCUCGCAAGUGCCCAACUGAAUGGCUCGGGACAAGGUCUCUGUGGGCCUUGUAAUAGCAGCAAUGCCCAUACCGAAAGUAUCGUCUCUGGCUCUCCGACACUAUUUUCGCUACUUUCUAAACAAGGAAGCAGCUCCUCUGUAUCUUGGUGGUCCGAUGAACGACCUAGCAAUCGCAACAUGGCGCGAUCAAGUCCAGACCGCCAACCAUCCAGACCCUCGCUACGAUCGUGCAACUCAGACAGUAGCACAUCAACAUUUAUCGGAAGGACCUCUUUUUCUCAAAACGAUCGGAAGUUUUUGGGAACAAGUAGAGGUGGUGGUUCGGUGGACGAGAUCCGAUGCUCAUCAGAGGAUGAAUUUGGCUUUGGCAACUACUAUGGAGGCCGAUCGCCCGAAGACGAAGAUCUGCCCAGGGAUGAAUCGGAGAAUAAUGGAGUGAUCAGUCGGGCCGCUGAUAUAGUUGAGACCGCCAAGGUGAUUGUUGGGGCCUUAUGGAACGCUGGCUCUCGUUCCAUUUGGGGUGCUCCUGAAUCGGAUCACUCUCAAGCUGAAAGCACUGACCCUAAGGAUGGCAAAUCACGAGCUCAGAUUCGACGCGCUUCGACGGGUGGACUCAAUAACAGAUCAGAAGAUGGACAAGUUGUUUCUUUCCAAAAUCCAGUAGUCCUUGAUAAACAAAAAUCCCCCGGCCCGGCUUCAUAAUUUGUACCUUCCUUUUUAGCUCCCUGCCCUUCUAGCAUUUUCUUAUCAUUAUUGUUUUCUUUUUCUUUCUCUUUGCUGCUUUCCCUCUUUGUCUAUGGUGUAUGUGGGGGAUGAGCGAGUUUGGCAAGUUUGCACUACUAAUUGCUUGAUAAUCAAAUGAAAAGAGGAGGGUUUCUAUAUCAGUUCAUACUCAAACACAUAUAAUAUAUAUAUAUAAACAUAUAUAUAUAUCUCAGUACAUAUACAUUCAACAUAUAUAUACUCCAAACAGAAAUUCAUUGCCCUCAAAACUGUCAAUAAUUGCAGUUUUUUUUUUCAAAAAAAAAAAUCAAGGAAAAUAAUAAUUUACUUGACCAUAUUGACAAUUAAAAUUAUUUUACAUUAUAUUCUAUUUUUCUUCCUUCCAGUUUAUCCAUUCCUUCCUGAUCAUUACUACCACGACCCAAAUAAUCCAUGAUAACCAUAAGUAAUUUGCUGUGUAACAUUAUUAUAAGUAUGUAGUUAUUUCUGUCUGUGUAUGCAUCUUUCAUCUUGUUUUGAUUCUUGCUUAUCUCAAGGGAUAUUUAGGUC